AUGAUAGAAAAUAUUGACAAACAAAAGGAAUUAAUAUUAAAUAAACACCACAAACAAUUUGGAAUUAAAAAUGAAAAUAAUUCGGAAAUUUGGUCUGCCUGGAAUGGAACUUGUCAACAUUUUGCAAGUAGUCAACCCUGCAAAGAUGGGCAAGUAAUUGGUUUUGAAUCUCGUGAAUGUAUUGCUAAGGACCCCCUUUUUUGUAAAGGACCUUUCUUUAGGUAA